AUGAAGCAUUUGGCCGCUUCUGGGUUGAUUUUAGCUCAAACGCCGCUCCAGCCACCUCAGAUCCAGAACUCAACUGAUCUCAUCCCACCAAUUCUAGCCAGAGCGUCGGGGGUCGUGCUAGAUGUCGGCCCGGGGACAGGCACGCAGAUGCCGCUGCUCCGCGGGCGCGCACAAGCCAUCAAAACGAUUUACGGUGCGGAGCCGUGCCGCGGUCUGCAUGCGGAGCUGCGCGCGCGCGCGGAAGAGGAGGGGUUGGGGGAGAAGUACCAAGUUCUGUCCUGUGGUGCUGCGGCGCGGGAGCUGGUGCCGGAGUUGCAGCGGGAAGGGCUGCUUCCUGCCGGGGAUGUGGAGGGAGUUCUGGCAAGCACGGACGGGGUCUUCGAUACGAUUGUGUGUGUGCGGGUUUUGUGCUCUGUGCCGGAGUUGGAGAGGACGGCGCAGGAGUUGUAUGCGCUGUUGCGGCCAGGGGGGCAGUUGCUUGUUGUGGAGCAUGUGGUUAAUCCGUGGCGGACGGCGAAGGGGUCGAUUGUGGCGAGGGUGAUGCAGGCUGUUUAUGGGUUCUUUGGGUGGAGUUGGUUUGUUGGGAAUUGCUGCUUGGAUCGGGAUACGGAGAUGGCGUUGCGGGCAGCGGCGGACAGGGAUGGGGGGUGGGAGGUUGUGGAAUUGGACAGGUGGUUUGGAAGGUCUCCGAUACCGUAUAUUUCGGGUGUGUUGGUGAAGAAGAGUACGUAA